GACAAGAGCAGGGCUGCCACCUCCGGGAAAUCAAAGUCCAAAUCCCGGGCGCCUACGACAUCAACCGAGGAACGCCUUUACUAUGGUGACGGGUCAUACCUUUGGUUUGAUUCCGAGGAGGAACGCACCCGUUUCCUCACUUUCUUCUCUAAACGGGUUGUGGCUCCUCCACGGAUCAUCCCGGAGCGCUACCCGGAGCUGCAGGGCUACGACGACCUCGACGCGCAGCUUCAUCAGGCCGGCCUUUGGCCCUUCGUCUCCCGGGCUCGGAAGGAGAUCAACCCGGCGCUGAUUCGGGUCUUCUACUCCAACCUCCGGCGUGAGGGCGACGUGCUCUAUUCUCUUGUCAAGAGCACGCCGAUAGAACUUUCAAUUGAGCAGCUUGGGCGCAUCGCCGGCCUCCCCUACCAAGGCAACGGCGUUUCCCUCUAUGGCGGAGAGGACUGGGUGCUCAACAACGAGGGCCUUAUCCUCAACGAGCUUGGCAUCACCGAGCUCAUCCGCCAUGCCUCGGGCCGCCCAACCAUCCACUCCGCUAACUCCGAAGGCCGUCUUCUUCUCUACAUCGUCUCCCGGAUCAUCAAACCCAGGAAGCACGACCACACCAUCAUGUCCGGUGAAGACCUCAAACUCAUCCAUGCGAUCAUGCACUCGGCCCCAAUCAAUUGGGCAAAGUUUGUCAUGAUCAACAUGGCGAUUGCCGCGUCCACCGACCACGAUCACUUCCUCCCGUACCCGUUCGUGGUGAUGGACAUCCUUGAACGGUUCAAGGUGACCACCACCGUUGGCCCACUCACAAAGGCCACGAAGAUUUGGGCGAUCAGCACCCAAACCUUCAAGAAGCGGUCGGACAACGCCGGACCUGCCACUGCCGUGCCACGGCCCCGUUAUGCUGCUGGCCUAGCCGAACCCCAGACCCGGGCCAACCUUGCCUCCAUUGCUGACUCUCUCAACCGGCUGCACUUCAAAGUUGAUGGGAUGGAUGGCUACCUUGAAAGACUUGACGAGGCGGUCCAACGCCAAGGGUACGCCAUGAACGCGUACUUCCAACGCGUUAACUACGUCCCCCCACCGUACCAUGGAACGUUCUUUGGGCAGGUGUACGGUGACGAGGACGAAGACGAUGCCUCCUACGACCCGUCAAGCUCCCUGGACGAGGACGGGUUCGACGACGCUGUUGAUGACAUCGCUGUUGAGCCAAGGUUGGAUUUCCAGAAUCUUCUGGAACAGCGAUGUAGGCUUCCCUACAUCGCUGUCCAACCUAAGCCAAAGAUAUUGUGCAUUGGCAGAAAGUUUUUGGACAGCGAUGUUGACCCAGAAACAGCGCUGUCAGGCCAAACUUCCAUCUUCAAAGGCAGACCUAAACAGCGAUGUUCUACCUUGAAAGCCCAAGUAGAGUACUUGGCUAAAGAGGUUGCCAAGCUUACGAAGAUGAAACUCAACGAGCUCCAAGGAAGUGACCGUGAAGAAGACGUUAGCUCUAGUGGAACCAUGAAGCCUAAAGCCAAUGAAGGUUCUGACUUCAAAGUUGACAUUCCAACUUUUGAAGGGAAGAACGACCCGGACGAAUUCCUCGAGUGGCUAGAAAUAGUGGAACACGUCUUUGACUUCAAAGAUGUUUCCGACGAAAGGAAGGUCAAGAUAGUGGCCUUAAAAUUCCGGAACCCAACUUGUGAUCACCAGCACCUCCUCCUCUCUUCCUGUAAAGACCUCCAUUCUCUCUUGCGAGUUCAUGCUCACUUCAUCACCUCAGGCUUCGAGCUCAAAUGCAGCACCAAAACCUGCCUCGUCAAUCUCUACGCUUCCUUCGGAAGAUCCCAUUUAUCACGGUUAGUUUUCGACUCUGUUCAAAACCCACCUGGGAUUUUAUGGAACUCAAUGAUCAGAGCUUACAACACAGCCAACCAGCAUCAAGAAGCACUCCAGAUGUUCGAUUUAAUGACGGAGAGAGGUUGUCAACCAGACAAGUAUACGUUCACCUUUGCGCUCAAAGCUUGCACCCAGACGUUGAACAUGGAAAAGGGUAUUUGUAUUCACAAUGAUGUGUCUAGGAGGAACCUUGAAUGUGAUGUUUUUAUUGGAACCGGACUUGUCUCCUUUUAUUGCACACUAGGCGAUUUGAAUAGUGCCAGGAAGGUGUUUGAUAAAAUGCCCAAAAAGGAUGUGGUUGCUUGGAAUGCAAUGAUUUCAGGGCUUUCUCAGAUUUCAGAUCCCGCAGAUGCAUUAGACUUCUUCAAGUACAUGCAGUUUAGUUGCAGGGUUAAGCCUAACCCAGUGAGCUUAUUGAAUCUGCUCCCUGCCGUCUGCAAGUUAAUGGAUGUAAAGGUUUGCAGUUCCAUUCAUGGAUUUGUUUACAGGAGGGAGUUCCCCAUUUCUGUUUAUAAUGGGUUGAUUGAUAUGCACUCAAAAUGUGGAUAUAGCGAUGUAGCUCACCAAAUCUUUAGUCAGAUGAGAGUGAAAGACGAUGUUUCGUGGGGUACAAUAAUGGCUGGUCAUGCAUACACUGGAAACUUCUGUGAAGUUCUGAACCUGUUUGGUGACAUGAAAACAGAAAAUUUGAAAAUGAACAAGGUGUCUGCAGUGAGUGCAUUGAUGGGAGCUGGUGAGAUGCGGGAUCUAGAAAAAGGUAAGGAGAUUCAUGACUACACAACCCAAGAGGGGAUGGAUUCAGACAUUAUGGUUGCCACUUCUCUUAUGACGAUGUAUGCAAAGUGUGGAGAAUUGGAGAAGACUAGACAACUGUUUGGACAGAUACACAAAAGGGAUUUAGUUUCCUGGUCUGCAGUAAUAUCUGCAUUUGCCCAAUCCGGACAUCCCAAUGAGGCACUCUCCCUGUUCCGAGAUAUGCAGCACAAGAAUUUGGCACCAAACAACGUGACCCUAGUAAGCAUUUUACCCGCUUGUGCUGAACUGAUGUCCACAAAACUAGGUAAAUCGGUUCACUGCUACGCUCUUAAAGCAGACAUCGGCUCUGAUCUUUCAACCAGAACUGCAUUGGUAUCCAUGUAUGCCAAGUGUUGUUUAUUCAGUUAUGCUCUACGUGUCUUUAAUAAUAUGCCAUUCAAAGAGGUCGUGACGUGGAACGCUUUGAUAAAUGGACUUGCACAGGCCGGUAGGUCCAAUGAUGCCCUAGAGACGUUUUCGGAGUUGAGAUUAUGCGGGGUGCAACCAAACAAUGGAACCAUGGUGGGUGUCCUCCCGGCUUGUGCUAAGUUGGGUGACUUUCAUCACGGGACAUAUAUCCACGGUCAAGUGAUCAAAUACGGGUACGAGUCGGAGCGUCACGUGUCAAAUGCUCUAGUUGACUUUUAUGCCAAAUGUGGGAAACUCUCAUCUUCUGAAUUCCUCUUCAACAAUGUCCCUUUUGAGAAAGAUGAGGUCUCCUGGAACACAAUGAUUGCAGGAUAUGUUCAAAACGAACGUGCCAAGGAAGCAAUGUCCGUGUUCCGUAGCAUGAUGGUAUUAUCGUCUCCCCAGCCUAACAUUGUCACCAUCGUUACCAUCUUGCCAUCCAUAUCAUCUCUUACAUUUUUAAAACAUGGAAUGGGGAUACACACUUACACUAUCAAGAAGGCCUUAUUAUCCAACACCCUUGUCGGGAAUAGUCUCAUCGACAUGUACGGGAAAUGUGGUCGCCUCGACAUGUCGGAGAGACUAUUUUUGGAGAUGAGAAAUAAGGACACGGUUUCUUGGAACGCGAUGCUCGCCGCCUGUUCCGUGAACGGGGACGCGGGCCGUGCGAUGUCUGUCUUCUCGUGCAUGGAAGAAGAGGACGGCGUCAAGAUUGACUCAGUCUCUUUCAUCAGUGUCCUGUCCGCGUGCAGGCACGCGGGCAUGGUAGACGAAGGGAGGAAUCUCUUUUGGGACGUGAUGCAAAAGAAAUACAGAAUCAGGCCCGGCGUGGAGCACUACGCGUGCAUGGUGGACUUGCUAGGCCGCGCAGGCUUGUUCGACGAGACCAUGGAGUUGAUAAACAAGGAAAUGCCUAUGAAGCCUGAUGGUGCUGUUUGGGGGGCGUUAUUGGGGGCUUCCAGAUUGCAUUUUAACGUUGAGCUAGCAGAGGUGGCGUUGAAGAAUCUAGUAAAACUUGAGGCAGGGAAUCCGGCUCAUUAUGUGGAGCUGUCCAAUGUAUAUUCACAGUUGGGAAGAUGGGUUGAUGCUAGAAACACAAGAGACAGGAUGCAUGUAACUGGAUUAAAAAAGACUCCAGGGUGCAGUUGGGUGGAGUUUGAGGGAAAGGGGCUAUGAGUUUUUUUUUUAUUAAAACGCCAUUCUGUAAAAAAGAAAAAUCACUCCAUAAUUUUUUAUACUUUCUUUUUUCAUCCAUCCCUAUAUUUUAUUUAUUCAUUUCUUUAACUUUCCUAUGGUUUCUCUCCAAUGUCAAUGCUCAAUUUUCAUUUUCUUAAAUUCGUGUGUGGUCAAAAUUGACAACAAUUAAGAGAUGAAGGAUGCAUGUUAAACCAAUUGAAGGCGUAAAUGAAUCAUGUGUCGGGAU